AGCAUGCCGGAAGCGCGCGUUAGACAACACGGCGAGCAGUAACAGCAGAUUCGUCACUUCAUGAUGCUCUUCACCAGGGUUUUUACAGUUUUGACAGCUGUAGCGGCUCUGCAGACCUGCCGACGAGAAAAACACUGGGUCUCCUUCCGAUAAACGCUCAGGUGCGGAGGGGGAGAUGACUAAAGAGGAAGUGCUGAGGGAGUCUUCAGAAGGAGAAGCUGUGCUGGACAGGUACAGGGUCCUGUCCCACACCACUGCUCGGCCAGUUAUUCACCAGGUGGCAUCAGCACCCAUGCCCACUGACUCUGACUUCUCCUUCUUUGACCCCGGUGACCCACAGUGUAGGGAGGUUCUGCUUGACCCUCAGACCACAGUUUCUGAGCUGUUCGCUGUGCUCAGGCAGUGGGUUCCCCAAGUCCAGAAGAAUAUCAGUCUCAUAGGUAACGAGAUUCUGAAGAGAGGCUGUGGGGUCAAUGACAGAGAUGGGCUUACUGACAUGAGCCUGCUCCAUUACUGCUGCAAAGCUGGUGCACCUGGCAUUGGUGAUGCAGAGAAUGCGGCGAGCUUUGCCCGGAAGCUCUUAUCUCUGGGAGCCGAGCCGUCCCUGCGCAGCCGCUGGACCAACAUGAACGCCCUGCACUAUGCUGCAUACUUCGAUGUUCCACCUCUCAUCCGCGUUGUGCUGCAGGCGAGCCAGCCAGGAGAAGUGGACGCCACCUGCAGCGAUUUCGACUUUGGCACUGCCCUGCACAUUGCUGCCUCUAACCUCUGCACCUCUGCAGUCCGCUGCCUGCUGGAGCUCGGAGCCAAUCCUGCAUUCAGGAAUGAUAAAGGGCAGUGUCCUGCGGAUGUGGUUCCAGAGCCUCUGGACAUGCCUCUUGAGAUGGCGGACGCUGCAGCCCAAGCCAAAGAGCUGCGGGCUCUGCUACGGGAAGCGCUUCCCAGACCCAGUACCGCUCUGCCCCUCCUUCCGGGGCGACCCCUGAGCCUCCUCUCAGAAAAAGCCCGAUCUCAGCUCUCCAGUAUGGGCAUCCACCUUGGGGACAAGGUCAUCAUUGCUGGCCAGAAGGUGGGCACACUGCGCUUCUGCGGCAGCACAGAGUUUGCCGGUGGCCUGUGGGCUGGAGUGGAGCUUCAGCAGCCUGAGGGGAAGAAUGAUGGAUCUGUGGCUGGAGUCCAGUACUUUACCUGCCCGAUGAAACAUGGAAUUUUUGCUCCGCUCUCGAAAAUCAGUAAGUUCUCGGAACGUCGCAGACCCAACCCCCGACAGCCUGCUGCUCCCGUCCGCCCGCCUCGUCACAUCGACCUUGCCAGGGUCAAAUCCAAGGUGGACACAGGUGGUCUCUCACGGAGCUGUUCCACAUCCUCCUCCUCUCUGGACUCCAGACAGACUCCUGGCCGACGCCCUCCACUCCCCCUUCCUCGACAGAGGCGCCCCCUCCGGCCACGGCAGGAGCGGACGCCCCCCAGCACCCGAUCUACUCCUCCGCCAGUCCUCCGCUCCCUCAGCGGCACCCCACAGUCUGGGGUAGCACGCAGCAGGACUCCCUCAGCCAGCAGCUCAGUGUGUGAGGUUGCAGAGGUGCGUCUGGGCGAGCGUGUCCUCGUGGUGGGACAGAGGACAGGAGUGGUCCGAUUCUAUGGCAAGACCAGCUUUGCCCCAGGCUUUUGGCUGGGGAUUGAGCUGGAUAAGCCCAGUGGGAAGAAUGAUGGCUCUGUUGGAGGAGUGAAGUAUUUCAGCUGCCCCCCCAAACACGGAGUAUUCGCCCCACCCUCGCGCGUACAGCGGAUCCAUGGAUCUGUAGACUGCCUGUCAGAACUGACCUCCUCCCGGCACAAUCACACCUUCAGCGGAAUCCGUCGUAGUUUUAGCACCUCUUCAGCCAUUGCCACACAGCGAGAGCCAAAUCGAAAGAAUCAAGCUAACCGCAGUCAGUCAUCUGGUGUGCGUCGGCGCUGGAGCACAUUGAGUUCUGGCUGGGGUUCGCUCAGCUCGGCUGGAGCAUCUCCUCGAGGGCCGAGCAGCGUGGGAGGGACCACCAGCUCCUCGGGCUCGGAUGGCGCUGUCAGACUGCACCUGGGCAUGCAAGUCCUGCUCAGCAGUGCCAAUGAGAUGGGCACCAUCCGCUACCUUGGCACUGCUGACUUUGCCCCUGGCCUGUGGCUGGGCCUGGAGCUGCGCAGUGCAAAGGGGAAGAACGAUGGCUCUGUUGGCUCCCGGCGUUACUUCAGCUGCCGGCCUGGCCAUGGCGUCCUGGUGCGACCGAGCAGAAUCACCUACCGCGGAAUCAAUGGAGCCAAGCUGGUGGAUGAAAGCAGCUGAGACAUUGAGAUCCUCCAAAAGAGUGGCUUUCCUCUCUCUGCGCCCAUCUGUCUCUCACUAGAUCACGCUCUUUUUCUUCUUAUAGCAAACAAGCAGCUAGCUGGCAUGGACGGACAGCAGCACUGAAGGAGAGACAAUGGACAAUACAUGUGCCAAAGCGCAUGAUGAAGGACUUUAGAAGCACAAAGGACAGGGUCAUUAGUCUGCACUGGAGUUUGUGUAAUGAGGUUUGUUUUUUGUUUUGUGUUUACCAUGAAAGUGAGGUGACCUGCUGGAAUGAAAUUGAACGUCAAGUUAUUUAGUGAGUGAAUGUGAAAUUUGUGUUUUUUUCUAAGCUGAGGGUUCAGGGGUUCAUUUUGGUUUAGGUUCUGAUAGUUCGACAAAUAGCAGUAGCAAUUUCUAAGCACUUUAACAAAAUCGAUGCGGUUUCAGACAAUGACUUUUGUUAAACAGAACUGGCUUUUUACUUUGGCUUAUAAGUUUGACUCUUAAACAGGAUCAGUUCCUGCAGAAAGUUCCUAAAGAUUUCUGAAGAUGACGAAUAUUGAUAUUGCGCAGCUUCUUUAUCUGCUUUAUGAUGGUGUGUAGCACUUUUAGAUUAAAACUGUUUUCUUUCAUCUUGCUGAGAGUGAGGGCAAAAUAUCAUUACAUAUAAUAGCACUUUAAUACUUCUACAAUUCAACCCCUCAAGUUUUCUCUGAAUCUAAAUUUAGCAUCAUAGUUUCACAGCAAAACAGUAAUGACUGUAGCCUCUUUAGGGUUUUGGCUCUGGCCUGGUUCAUUUCUUUGUAGUGAAAAUCUCUAUAGAAAGAGAGACUAAUAGAGCCAUUCUAUCAAAGCUGUUAACAUGUCAGAAUCAUUUAACUCAUUAACUCAUUAACUCACACUUCUACUUUCUGUCUGGAGGGUGGUGUGUGGCACAAGAAAGAGGACUGCAUAAUGAAAAAAAAAGCCUAAUAUUUGUAGGUGCC